AACAAAGCUUGUUGCCAAUUGAUUCUAUCUGGUGUUGCUUCUGUGUUUUUAUAUUCCACUUUGUAGUUCAAUCCAUUUCAUUGUUCUUACUGCGCAGCAAAACCAUUUCCUUCACAUAAUGGAUAAAACAGACUUUCGGAAAAAACGCCAGCAAGAUAAGUUUCACAAAAAAGCUCCCCCGCAAAAGCCGAACAAGCAACCAGCAGGUCCACCUAAAACGAGUGAAGUACAGCAUACAGCUCCACUUAUCGUCUGUGAUCAACGUUAUGGUAAACGACAACUCCAACAGAACUGGACUGAAGAUCGCGAUCGACCGUGUGACGAUAGUGAGUCGGAGGACGAACAACUGAAUGCGGCGGACUUUGAAACGUUGCUCUCGGUUCCUCCUUCAACAAGUGGGCAUUUUUUGCUGAGCUCCGAGAAACAUUGGCUCGCACCGGAAACAGGUCUGAUUGGAGAUGAUCAUAAAAAUCGCUUCAGUGAAUACUUUCGCAUUGAUACGAAGCUAUUGAACGCCAGUCUGAAGUGCAUACCAUUCUACGAACGGCAUGGCUACGACCAAGGCCUUUUCAACGCUGAUGAGUUAAAUUUAAUGCGACAAAAAGCCGAAAUUCAAACAUCCACUUAUAACACGCUGACUAAAAGGCAGGAUACCCAUUCCGAGAUGGACGUCGUGAAACCAUCCAAGCCAGUGCCAUGCUUAGUUGGGAAAAAUGCCCUUCCAAAGGCUGGCUCCGAGCAACCAAAAUCAAUCGACCGUCCAAUUGUGAAUCCUUCCCAACGGCCCGAGGGAGCGCCAACGGUUGGAGUAGAAGCUAGAAUCGCUGAUCUUACAAUUGAUGCUUCUCCUAUCGUUAAAACGAUGCCAGCUUCCCCAUCAAGCUCAAGUGUACCUAGAAAACCGAUACACACAGCACCACCGACGGGUAAAGAAACAAAAGAGGAUAUUCAACAAUGGUUGGAUGAUAUUUUAGAUAUUUGACCGUGUUUUCUACAACUCACUUUUCAACGGUCAAAACACGUUGUCUAAAAUACGAGACACACAGUCAUCUUGUACCACCCAAAAAGUUUAAUAAAAUGUCACG